CUGGGAUCAAGAGGAGAUGGAGUCACAUUUGAACAGGCAAGCACUGAACCCCUGGGAUGUAGCUGGUGGGUUAAAGCCCACUCAUGACAAUUUUGUAGAUAGAUACCUCCGAGAGAAGGUGGAAGAUGAAGCUCCAAGGCAGAACUACAUCAGUACUCUCAAUCAGGCCCUGGAGGACAACCCCUACUGGGUUGGACAUAAUCAGCUUUUCUACCAGGUGUUGAGCCCUGUGACAGCAGAAGGAGGGCUCAGAGCCACGGCCAGAAAAGCUGAGCAACGUCUAAACAGGAACUGGGAUUUUCUCUCUGACCCAUUGGCUCAGAGCCACCUCGCUGAGAGCAGCAGGGGAGAGGCCAUGGCUGAAGAGAAGCAUUCCUCUCAAGGCGGGCACCUCCUGAUCAUGCCUGCCACCACAGACACACAGGGGAAGCAACAGGAGGAAGGGUCAAUGUUCAUAAAAAAAUCUGGGAGACCCCAAGGCCCAGAUCUUGCACUGGUUCCAGGUGAGCUCUUGAAUACCACAGUCCAUCAUCACCUGCACUUGCUGGAGCCAGACGAAGGCCUGUGGGCGUUCAUGGGCCAUGUGGAGCAAGCCCUGAGGACUGGCUGCAGCCUGCCCCAGAUCAAGCAGGCCUGUGCCAGGACAUUCUCAAAGAUUGGGCUACUUCUAAAGGAGCUCAGUGAGAGGCAAGAGACCCAGGGAGCCUCUGAUCGCAUGGGCCAGUGUCCCCUGCAAGACAACAUCUCCAGACGCACAGCUUUGCAGGAUCAGGAGCCCGCAGAAAAGCCAAGGCCAGAGACUGUGGAUGACACGAUCACAUUUGUGGUUUUGCUGUCUCUCAUCGCAAUCAUUUUGCUGAUACUGAAGUGUGUCUUCCACGUGUGUUCCCGAUGUGCUGCAGCUAUUUGCCGACAGCUACCCAGCUGGAAAUCGUGGCUGAGAAGGCUGUCUAUAAAACUGAAACAGAGAUGGAGGAAGAACAAGUACAGGGAUGUAGAGGAUGCAGAGCAGGACCUGCCUGAGCUCAGUGAAGCUGAAUUGCUGGUGGUUCAAUACAUCAUGGAUGUCCUUGAUAAAGAGGAAGAAGAAUUGCAGAAACAAAUGCAGAAAGAGAAUACAGAUGUCUCACAAGAAGAGAUACAACAUGAAGAACUUGAGUGAGGGGAAGAUGGAUGCCAACACUUCUUCUCCAGCUCCUGCACCCAUACAGGAGUUGCGGAAGCUUUCCUUUGAUUCUAAUCCUUGAUCCUUGGAUCCCAGUUCUUGCCUUGGAGGCUAUUUCCUUAGCUAUUUCCAUACUGAUAUUUCUUUAACUCUCAUUGAAUGAUACUUCCUUCACAGUUCUUUCCUUGGAUAUUAUUCCUAAUAAAUGCUGGUUUUGUGCAGCCAGAGUGUCCUGUGAGCAGGGAGAAAUAUCUGUGUAUGUUCAGGGAUGUGCAAGUGAUUUUGAGUGUAUGUGUGUAUGCUCAUGUAUCUGGUACCAGAAGCAGGACUCACAUUUGAGUAGCAAGGAUUAAUCCCCUGGGA